UUGUGUGGCUUUGUCUCAGCAAGUGAGAUGUGCUGCAUUGGCUCAGAAGAGACCAGGACGCCUUCCUCAACGUCCUGCCGUGCCUUGGGUGCCAUUGCUUGCACCUCGUUCAGUAAGAGGUUAGGGUUCAUCCCCCUCCCCCUCACUCCUACGUACCUGGCCUCCUCCAAUCUGCACCUGUGCCAGCUUCCGGACGCGGUUACCUCGACAUCCCCGACCCGUGGGAUGAGAAGGCAAGACAAGGUCUUGGGGACGGGUACUUGCCAUGAAAGUCACCUCACUCAAUCGAUGCCUUUUACAACUCAACCCGAUAUCAACUUACACACAGCUUCACCACACCAUCAGCGGCAGAACAUUGACUAACCCAGGGAGCUGCAAGCGAACUUCGAUUCUCCUCUAGCCGCGCCAGCACGGACGGACAUUCCAUCAUGCUCAGCACCUUGUCGUACAGAACAAUAGUCAGAGACAAGAUUAAGCUAUGAGCCACCAAACGCAAACCAAGCCCAGCCUCAGGGUGACAGAAAUUCAGAAACAUAUCAGAGCACUCAGCGACCCAUCCCACUAUCUUCGUGCCAACCCGGUACGUAAGUCGAUUCCAUGUGGAGGUAGCGUCUCCACGCCAAGGUCUGGCGCUACAAGGCCAGCAAACCGGGGAACAACCGGCGAGGGGGGCACUCCAAGGAUAGCGCGUGGAGAGAGAAUCGCGGGCGCGGAUACCAGCAAGAGCCAUGGCGCCGGGGCAUGGUCGAGACGAGGAGACUACUGGGAAGGGCGCCGGAAGUGCGAGAUAAGCAAAGCGGCGGAAGUGGACCACCUGGCGGGAAGGGAAAGCAGAGAUGGUGUUGUUGAUGAUGGAAGUGGUGUAGUCACUGUCUGGCUCACACACUUACAAUUCGAGACCAGCACUUGUUGCACGCUCCCCACUCUCCAAUUUGGAUGCACCUCGCUAGCUCUCGCGUCUCUGAGUGGCUCGAUGACAGAGUGUCGACCCCAUACAAUGGGAAGAGCUAGACAGCUGGACUGCCUGACGGUUGUUGGAAGCUCAUCUGUGGAUGCGUUGCCAUGGCCUUGCCCCUCACACUCCGAUUCUUCUCUCUGCUUUUCGAUUGCUCCCAAAGCCAUUACCUCCCGACUUUCCCGGGCUUGGAAGUCUGGUGCUGGUGGCAGCCCUGCCCUGCGUGAUGACGCCAGGUUUGCAGCAAUAACUCCGCUGAAAGUCUGGGGGCGGGGCAAUUUUUGGACGGACAGGGGGUUUACACUUUGCUCAGCUCUGUGGUUUGCCAACAGCUCCGUUCUUUCUCAGGUGCUUUUCACCCUCACCGAUCAAUGUUUGGCCAGACCAGGCUGGAGUCUUGCUCGAGGUGUGGCAUGCCGUCUCGUGUAUGUACCGUCAUUUGUUGGCCGAGUGGCGCGUCGAUAUGGUCGAGGAUGCGUCUGCGGACGCGGGAUGCAGCUACCUACGCCAAUAUGCCGGAUGGCAACGCACGAAUGAAGAGGUACAUGCACUCGGUGUAGCCAUCGAACCUCGCCGAUUUGAGCGUACAAUGCAAGUUCAAGGGAGGGUUUAGAUGUAGGUACCCUGACCUUAGACACGCCAGCCAACAACACCUUGGACCCUGGUCCCAUCUCCGUCCCAAGAUGCGCC